AUGUGGCUACCUUUGGGAGCAAAGCUACUGGAGAUCGGGAGCAUCGCAAUUACAAGCAAACAAUCGGUGCCCCGAGUGCCACCAUCCCACAAACCGCAAUGGGUCCGACUACAAGACCCAAACCGCAACGAGCUGCACUUGCGCAACGAAAGCAGAGCAGCUCUCUUAUGGUUAUCGCAAUGCUUUUCAGCAUCUCGGGUGCGCUCCCUCAAGCAAUACCCCAUCAUGCACUGCAUGGCCGCGGCAGACGCCAGAGCAGACGGGAAUCUGGUGGGAAUCGGUGGAUGGAUAAGCACUUCCACACAGUUUGCUUGGUUCGCAGAGCAAUGGGAUAUGACAGAGGUCCGCAAAUAUUGGCCACAGCUUAAAGAAGCACCGCAAAAGUACAUCGCAUGCUUCGAAACGUUGGUGCAACUGGCACUGGCUAUGUUGGCCAAAACCCGCAUGCAAGCAAAGCAUUGGAGAUUUUCCCUGCCGUCGGCAUGCGAUAACACCAGCGCCGAAGCGGGCAUCAACAAGUUGUUUACUACCGCGCCACCGCUGAGCGACUUCCUCAAGCUGGUGGCAACGGGGACGUUCCUUCACCGCACGUCGGAGGGG